AUGAACGGACAUUUUGCCUCGGUGGGCGCGGACCCAAGCGUCCAGGAUUUCGAGCAUGGCGUGCAGGUCAUCGAUGACCAGAAGGAGUUCAACUCUCAUCUCAACGAAUACCUCCGUCAAGUCCAUGUCGCCGAAACAGGUUUCAACUAUCACCUCAUUUCCGUCUUCGGUUCUCAGUCCACCGGAAAGUCCACUCUCUUGAACAACCUUUUCGGCACCCACUUCUCGGUCAUGUCCGAGUCGGAACGCCGUCAGACUACGAAGGGUAUAUGGCUGUCCAAGAACAAGAAAGAGGCCAACAUGGCCCAGAACAUCCUUGUCAUGGAUGUCGAGGGUACGGAUGGUCGCGAACGCGGCGAGGAUCAGGACUUCGAGAGGAAGAGCGCCUUGUUUGCGCUGGCCACCAGCGAGGUCCUCAUCGUCAACAUCUGGGAGACCCAAGUUGGCCUGUACAACGGAGCCAACAUGGGGUUGCUCAAGACCGUCUUUGAGGUCAACCUGCAGCUCUUCCUCAAAGACAAGCAGUCGAACUUGCGAUCCCUCCUGUUCUUCGUUAUCCGUGACCACCUAGGCGUCACCCCGCUCGCCGCUUUGCGCAACACCCUCGUCCAAGACCUGGCCAAGAUCUGGUCCUCCAUCUCGAAACCCCAGGGACUGGAAAACUCGCGCAUCGAGGACUACUUUGACUUUGCCUUCGCCGCCCUCCCCCACAAGAUUCUCCAGGCGGAUAAGUUCACCACCGAAGUGCAGAAGCUUGCGACUCGGUUCACCUCCGGUCAUCGGACGGGCAACUCGGGCGAUCAUGAGUUUCAGGGCGGCGUCUUCCUGCCCGAGUACCACCGACGUAUCCCUGCGGAUGGUUUCUCCAUAUAUGCCGAGGGCGUCUGGGACCAGAUUGUCAACAACAAGGAUCUUGAUCUUCCCACACAGCAGGAGCUGCUCGCUCAGUUUCGGUGCGACGAGAUCUCUCGCGAGGUCCUCGUCGGCUUCGACCAGGCGAUUGUUCCGCUGGAGGAGAAGCAGGCGGAAUCCACCAGGACUGGCAGGCCGGCAGUAUUGACGGACCUGGGCACCACAGGCAACGACGCCCGCACCCAGUGCCUCAAGGCUUUCGAGACGCAAGCGAGCCGGUACCACAAGGGGGUCUACACCAGAAAGAGGCAGGACUUGGAGAGUAAGAUUGACUCCCGUCUGAAGACGCUCUACCUGGCGCACCUUACUGCCGUUCACAAGUCCGGUAUUGCAUCCUUCAGCGAUGCUGUUUCGGCGGCUGUCAAGGCCGGCCAGAAAUCCGGCGCCUCAUACGAGUUCGCCGAGAUUGUCGCUGAGGAGAAGGCCAAGACCUUGGACUUCUUCAAGACCGAAGCCCAGAGUCUAGCUAUCCAAGGCAUUCCAUGGACCAACUUCAAGCCGCAGUAUGAUAUUUUUGAGAAGGAACUGGACGACGUGAGUGGCAAGUUACGCAAGGAAGAGAUGAGGAGAUUGGCUACUCGGGUGGAGCGUUGGGUCAAGUCGCGUCUCGGCGAUGCUGUUGGGCUAGAAUUCAACAAGCUAGGCUCCGGGAGGGCCGGCGGCGGAGCUCCGGAAGAAGGGGAGCAGCCCAGCGAGAAAGACCUCUGGGAUCGUGUCUGGAACGUCUUUGUGGACAUCGUCAGAGAAGCCCAGAGCCGAUUCACCGAGAGGGCGAAGAGCUUCGAGGCCACUCAGGAGGAGGUAGAUGUCGGCCUUUGGAGGCUGCGGCGCAAGAGUUGGGUUGCCCUUCGGGAGAAGAUCGAGGAAGAGGUCAUGGAAGGGAACAUUCUCCUGAAGCUGAGGGAGAACUUCGAAGACAAGUUCCGCUACGACGAUGCAGGUGUUCCCAGGAUAUGGUCGCCCGCGGACGACAUCGAGGGAAUCUAUACCAGGGCCCGGGAGUCGACCCUCACUCUCAUCCCGCUGCUGUCGCGAUUCCGACUCGCGGCUACCUAUGCGUCCCCCGACCUGCCGGGAUGGAUCGGCCCCCAGCCCCGGGGCGCCGAGGCCGGCGACGAAGAGGACCUAGUCCCUAUUGGAGGUGUCGAUGAGGAGGACGGCAAGAGCCUCGAGGAGGAGAUGACUGUGCUCAGCGAGACUAAGCGUCAGGAUCUCGUCGUUCGUUUCAAGAAGACAGCAGACGGGGUCUACGUGGAAGCGAAGCGAAGCGCCAUCGGCGGUGUUGCCCAAGUACCGCUCUACUUCUACGCCCUUCUCGUUGCUCUCGGUUGGAACGAGAUCAUUGCCGUUCUCCGCAACCCGUUCCUCUUCAUUUUCCUCCUCCUGCUUGCAGGCGGCACUUACGUCGCUUACACGAUGAACAUGCUCGGUCCGAUGAUGCAAAUGGCCAAUGCGGCCGCCAACCAGGGCGUCGAUAUCGGAAAGCAAAAGCUUCGCGAGUUCAUUGAGAACUCGGACACGGCCCGACAGGCAUUGAACAUGCCACAGAAGGAGCGCGAGGAGGUGAGGAUGGAUACCCUGGAUAGCAGGGGGAAGAAGAAGACGUCAGAUGAUGAUGAUGAUAUUUGA